GCACUUGCACUAUAUAUAAAAAAGAUGGGAGUUGCACAAUCUUAUGUAAAACGAGGCAGAAUUUUACUGGAGUUUCAUGAAAGUGCUAUACAGAAGACACUAAACAAAACAAAUAAUGAACUUCAAAAAGUAAUACACGUAGACUGCAACACAAAUGCUUUUGACAUGAUGUUAAAAUUAAUUGAAAAAUUACCAAUUAACAGAAUAGUCAUAAACUGUAAUAAUGGUUGCCCUCAAAGAACCCGAGAAACGAAUUAUUAUUUUUUGGAUAACUUACUCUUUAAGGAAGCUUUAAGCGAAGUGGAAAUGCAAGAAGCAUUAACAGCUGACAGAGAUUGUAGCAGAAGAGGAUGCUUAGGACAAUCAGAAGUGCAAUAUGAUUCAAGUGGUCCAAUUAUCUUAAUUCAAUUAACGGACAUCAGGACAUUAACUCAUCUGGAUAACAUCCCGAUAAAAUUUCCCGAUGUACUUGGGACCUCUGAUUAUUAUUUACUGGUAGGAGUAAUCCGUUACAUUAACAAUGACCUUACGUCGACUAAUGGAUUAGGAAAACUGUCCAUGGGACACUACACAACAAUCUGUCGCAGAAAUAAUCUGUGGACCGAGUUUAAUGAUCUCAAUGCAGGAACACAAAGAACUCUAACCAAAGAUGUGGACAAAAAAGUCAACAUAGAAUUUCUAAUAUACAUUAAAGUUGAAAAAACGUAUAAAUAAAAUCAAUUAAAACUGUAUCACCAUGCCUUUAUAUUUAGACUGUAAUUCUUUUCUACAUUAAUAAAGAGCACCAAAUUUGA